CAGAGUUAAGGCUGGAGCCCCAACAGAGGGCUGAGUGGGGGGGACAGAGUCCUGCCGGGUCCUGAAGGGUUAAGUGCUCCCAGGAAGGGACUUCCGGGUUCAGGUUCUUCCUCUUCAGAACUUUCUUCUUUGCACCCUGACCUUGAGACACCAUGGCCUGCCUGAGCCCCUUGCAGCUCCAGAAGUUCCAGGACGAUGGGUUCCUGGUGCUGGAAGGGUUCCUGUCUCUGGAUGAGUGUGCGGCCCUGCAGCAGAGGAUUGCCACCCUCAUGGCCGAGAUGGAGGUCCCCAAGCACUGCCGCACGGUGUUCACCACCCAGAAGGAGGAGCAGCUUCGUGCCCAGGGUGCCUCCGACUACUUCCUGAGCAGCGGGGACAAGAUUCACUUCUUCUUCGAGAAAGAUGUUUUCAACGAGAAAGGAGAGUUCUUGGUUCCCCCAGAAAAAUCCAUCAACAAAAUUGGCCAUGCUCUGCAUGCCCAGGACCCUGUCUUCAAGAGUGUCACACACUCUCCCAAGGUGCAGGACCUGGCCAGAAGUCUGGGCCUGCAGAAGCCAGUGGUGGUGCAGAGUAUGUACAUCUUCAAGCAACCAGGCAUCGGGGGUGAAGUCCUCCCGCACCAGGACGCCACCUUCCUGUACACGGAGCCGCUGGGCCGGGUGGUGGGCCUGUGGAUCGCGCUGGAGGACGCCACACCGGAGAACGGCUGCCUCUGGUUCAUCCCCGGCUCCCACACCUGUGGGGUGGCGCGGAGGUUCAUCCGCAGCCCCGACGGCACCAGCUUCCUGGGCUCAGAGCCAGAGCGAGACGACUGUCUGUUUGUGCCCACGCCCGUGCGGAGAGGUGGCCUGGUACUGAUCCACGGGGAAGUGGUGCACAAGAGCACGCAGAACCUCUCAGACCGAUCACGCCAUGCCUACACGGUCCAUCUGAUGGAGGCAGAGGGCACUGUCUGGAGCCCAGAGAACUGGCUCCAGCCGACUGCGAAGUUGCCCUUCCCACGGCUGUACACCUGAAGGCCUUGCAGGGCAGGGCUGUCACCUCCAGACCCGAGGGCUGCAGCCACAGGAGUGGUGUCUCCCCACUGCACCUCCCUGUGCCAGUGUCUGCCCCUCAGCCCUGCAGACAGAAGGCAGGUGGGCUUCCCAAGAGCUCUGUCUAUCAUCCCAUGUCCCUGCACAACCGCCCCCUGCAGGGGGUGGGCGCCCCAAGCUGGUUUCAGCGGUCUCUCACGUGGAACUCUGAUGGAGGCAUUGUAAGACAAUAAAAGCGAUUUCUGAAGGCA